AUGUCUGCUUCAGCAGCGCAUAACGUCAGCAGUACGCGCUCCGAUGCCCCGCCGGCGGCUUCCCCCGGCGUGCAGUUUCCUCCGGCGGCGCAGCCGGAGGUGAUGCGCGCCGCGGAGAAGGACGAGCUGUACGCGGCGUCGCUGGGCGACAUGUGUCACGACGCCAUUGGCUCGCAGCUCGGCCACCGCGUCGCGGGCCAAUGGGGCGGCCCGAUUCGAGUGGCGGCGCGGUGUCUUUAUUACCUCGUGACCACUGCGCGCGGCCUCUCGCUCGUGCUGCUGCACGCCCUGCUCCCGGCUGUAGCGGCUCACAUCAGCGCUCGCGCUGCUGCCCCUUUGCACACCCAUGCCCCCGUUCUCAGGUAUCAGGCGGCUACAAUCUCCCUCCCACCCCAGCCCGCCGCCUCUCCCUCGUGCUGCUGCACGCCCUCCUCCCUGCCGUUGCAGCUCACAUCAGCGCCCGCGCUGCUACCCCCUUUUUCACAUCCACUGCCCGUGCCUCCCCUCCCAGGCACUUACAACUUGCCACCUGCCCCAGCCCGCCGCCUCUCCCUCGUGCUGCUGCACUGCCUGCUCCCUGCUGUUGCAGCUCACAUCAGCGCCCGCGCUGCUUCCCGGGGAAGGGCGCUCGCAGCAGCAGGGGAGGGGGGAGCAGGGGGAACAUCAGGCGGAGGAGGGAGAGGAGGGGCAGGAGGAGAAGCAAGAGCAGGAGGAGGAGGGAGAGGUGGGGCAGGUAACGGAACAACACUUGCAGGGGCGGAGGAGAGGGGGAUGGAGGCACCUCACAGCCACACAUCCAGCCCUAGGGGGGGAGAGGAGGGCGCGACAGAGGGGGACGCAAAUGACGGGGGAGACGGGGAAGCAGCAAGUGUGAGCGGUGCGAGGGGGUUGGGAUGGGUGGCAGCUGCGGCGGUAGGGUGGCACUGGGUGGGGCGCGUGAGGGAGCGAGUGAGGGAGCGAGUGAGGGAGAUGGGGAGGAGGGCGCUGGUGGUGUGGGCGGGGGUGGCAGCACGAGGGGGGGAUGUGUUGAUGCUGCUGGGGAGGGCGCAUCUGCUGUUUUUCUACUGGCAUGGGUCGUACCUGCAUGUAGCCAAGAGAGUGACAGGCAUUCGGUAUAUCUACACAGCCCAGCCACCUGCCUACUCCCCCAGGUACCACAUGCUCGCAUUCUUCCUCUUCAUCCAGCUCGCCAUCCUCUCCUCUGAUUGGCUGCGCCGCUCCCUGCUGCAACACAGACCCCUGGCACAUCCCCUACCACUAGCACCCACAGGUGAGGCAUGA